GGACACCGCGCGUGCGCACAGGCGAAGCGCGUCCUUGGCGGCGGUUGAAAGAUGGCGACUGUUACUGAGCUGAAGACCGUGUUGAAGGACACCUUGGAAAAGCGAGGGGUGCUAGGAUACUUAAAGGCGAGGAUCCGAGCUGAGGUUUUCCACGCUCUGGAUGAUGACCAAGAACCCCGGCCGCCCUUGUCACAUGAGAACCUCCUCAUUAAUGAACUCAUUCGGGAGUACCUGGAUUUCAACAAGUAUAAGUACACAGAAUCCGUGCUCAUGGCAGAAUCUGGUCAACCUGUAGUUCCAUUGGACAGACAAUUUCUCAUCCGCGAACUAAAUGCCUUUGAAGAAUCAAAGGAUAACACAAUACCUCUUCUGUAUGGAAUUUUAGGUCAUUUCUUGCAUGGCCCUAAGGAUGGCGCCCACCAUGCAUUUGUGAGCGAGCCCUCGCGGCAGCCUCCCAGGCCACCUGUUGGCAGGCAGUCCAGUGGAAGAAGGCAGCCGGAUGACCGCCUGAGAAGGGAGCCGGGGACUGGCACUGACCCCAGUGCAGAGAAGAGAUCAUGAGCAACGCGGGGCACGGCACCUCUCCUCCCCACUGCGCAUGCCCGCGUUUGCCUCCCACAGCCCUCAUGUUUCCCUGCGUUUGUGAAUAAAGUUCACUGGGUGUGACCAAAAACCUCACUGUUCUUAUA